AAAACGUCAAUGUCACAAAAUUAAUUUAAACGGCUUGUUGUGUUUGUGAAUAACCUUAAUAGUUUCUUUAUUAAAUAUGAAAGACGUAAUAGAUGUAAUGGCUUUACAAAGCAGCAGACGCGAAAGAAGAUUACCCGACUACCGAAGUGUUUCCGGUCACAGUUUGGCUACGAACUUUAUAUUCGAGUGCGGAAUUAAACUCGGUCUGCAGCCAGCUACAGUCGCUACCGCUGCAAUAUUUUACCACAAGUUUUUUAAAGAAGCUGACAAAAAUGACUACGAUUGUUACGUUAUAUGUACAGCUUGUCUUUGCGCAGCGGGCAAAUCACGAGAUGAACCGAUCCGGCUUCGUGAUGCAGUGAACGUAGCUCAUAACUCUAUCAAUCGCGGAGCUGGACCAUUGGAAUUAGGAGAAGAAUAUUGGUCAAUGAGAGGAGCAGUAGCACAAGCUGAACUGUUAGUUCUACGUUUGUUGGGAUUCAACUUAGACGCGCCGUCGCCGCAUCGAUAUUUGUUGCAUUAUUUACGUUCCCUGCAGGAAUGGUUUCCCGCCACUCAAUGGCGUGGUGCACCGAUAGCUCGCACUGCGAUGUCGUUCUUACAAGACUUCCACCAUUCCCCUGCGAUACUGGAGUACAGAGCGCCUCAUGUGGCUGUGGCUUGCUUGUCAUUAGCGCUGCAUGUCCUGGGAGUGUCAGUUCCAUUGGCUGCCACACUAGAUGAUGAUGCGGCUUGGUAUUCUGUUUUCACUAAAGAUCUGCAAAAGGAAAAGAAUUGGGAGAUAAUGGAGAAAAUAAUGCAGGUGUAUAGUAGAGAACCAGAACCUAUAUAAAGAUAUUUUCUUAUCAAUUUGCAUGUUUUGAUGUUUUGUGUUUAAGUAUAAUUUGAUUUAAUAAAUUUUGACCAAAUGAGACAC